AUGGACGAUGGAAGGAAUAACUACACUAUACCCAUAUCUGAAAAUGAAGUUUCUUGUGAAGUAUUCGAUAUUUCUGAAGAAGAUUUAGCAUUAAAUGCAUGGUGCGGUCACAUAUAUGUUUUAAGAACAAGUUGUGAGCCUAUGUUAUGUAAAACUGUCUUAAUAUACGUUGAUUCAUCAAAUACUAUAAGAGAUAUCAAGGAAAAUUUUUUAAAUAUUGAAAACAUCACUCAUACAAGUACAGCACGUCUUUUUUUUAAUGACAUCGAACUUAAUAAUGACUACACUUUGCUUGAUUAUGGUAUCCAACCGUUGUCAACCCUUAACAUAGAGUUAAGUAUCAAUAUACAAGUAACUAUACAAUUUCAGAUAUGCGAAAUUGAGCUUGAAGUCGAAUCAUUUAAUACAAUUUUGGAAGUAAAAGAAAAAAUUCAAAAUAAGGAAGGUACUCCGUCAGACCAACAAUGUCUUGUCUUUAAUGGAGAAGAACUUCAGAAUGACCGUAAAAUAUGGGAUUAUGGUAUUCAACAAGGUUCUAUAAUAAUGGUGAGAACACUUGCACGUGGACGAAGUGGAAAGAUCAAAGUCGAAAUGCCUAAUAAAACUAUAUCCAUUGAUGUCACAAAGAUGGAUACCAUUGAUAAAGUUAAACGUAAAAUAUAUAAUAAAAAAGGGAUUCAUUAUGAUAAACAACAGUUAAUGUUUAAUGGACAAGUUUUGGAGAAUCAUCGCACUUUAUCUGAUUAUCAAAUUCGUAGUGGCUCCACGAUUACAUGUUUACCCAAAGAUUACACUUAUUUCUUCCAUGCAAAAUUCACUGAUGACGAACUAAAAAAUGGAAUGUUACAUGGAAGAAAUUGCACUUGCAAUUAUAUUCAUUCUGCAGAAUUGGUUUUUUCUCUGAAAGCCACCUGUAUCCGCGAAGAUACUCGUACCUUGCUAGGAAUCGAAUUUGAAAAAAAGGCAGGAUAUGGUCUACAUCUGAAUGGUUUUGAUGGAAGUGAUCUCAACCAUGAAGGUGAAGCUUUGUAUCGUGAUUCUUGGAUGGUACAUAUUAUGCCAAAUAAUUGUGAUAAACUUAUACUAGAAGAGGUUGAUCCCACUACGGACCCUUUUUUAAAUGCAUCAACUGAAAUAGAAGCACGAGAUUGCCGAUCUAUAACUUUUGAACCCUCUUCGAUUAGUGCAUCUUUGUCACACGAAAAGACCAGAAAAGUUAGUAGACCUCCUUUUAUCCUAUCUGUAAAUCCUGGUAGGAAUUAUGUAUCCUGGAUGUGGAAUUUGAAAACCGCAGGUCUCGAAGGUGGUGAAUAUAAUAAUCCUAAGGACAUUUUCCUUGGUCGAAUAGGAAAAACAAAACAAUUGCAUGAUCAAGCUAAGUACAACGCACCUUUACCUACAAAAGCCUUGUGGUCAGCUCCUCCUCAGUUCAAGGAUAUCAUUACAUUUGACGUUAUAAUUGAACAAAGAUUUUGUAGCAUCUCUAAGCCUUCAACAUUUCUUCCAAUCAG